CGCGGCGCUGGGCGGGCUCGGGCCCUCCCACGCUGACCCUCCCGCCCUCCCUCCCGCCGCCCGCACGGGUACCCGCCGCCGCCGCAGCUCCCGGGGCGGAGACACGAGCUCUGGGUCGCUCGGCGGCCCCUGUUGGGUCGGCGGCGUGACGGACUCACUGCGGCGUGUCGUCCGCGCCGCCAAGCUCGUAGCGCGCCCGCCCUCCCGGCCGGCCGGCCGGCCGAGCUCCCGGUUGCGUCCCCCGGCUGGUCCGGGAGAUCCGGGCACCGCUUCGACGGCGGCUUCGCCGGACCCGCGACCCCGGUCGCAGCCCGCUCCCCGAGCGGACGGCGUCAUGAGGCACCUGCCGUAUUUCUGCCGCGGCCAGGUGGUGCGGGGCUUUGGCCGCGGCUCCAAGCAGCUGGGCAUCCCUACAGCCAACUUUCCGGAACAAGUAGUUGACAAUCUCCCAGCCGAUGUAUCCACUGGCAUUUAUUAUGGUUGGGCCAGUGUUGGAAGUGGAGAUGUUCAUAAGAUGGUGGUGAGCAUAGGAUGGAACCCGUACUACAAAAAUACAAAAAAGUCCAUGGAAACUCAUAUCAUGCAUACCUUCGAAGAGGACUUCUAUGGGGAAAUCCUCAAUGUGGCCAUCGUUGGCUACCUCAGACCUGAGAAGAACUUCGAUUCUUUAGUUCAAGGAACAAGAGAGAAUGCUGUCGUGAGCAAAGAUGCUUUGCGGUGCUUGAAGUGUAACAAGCUAAGUCAGUAUUUGAAACAUAGAGCGCCGAGUAUGUCAGCGUGGUGUGGUUGCUUUGAUUCUGUGGGAGAGGGUCUUUUACAAAUGUAAAUACUGAAGAGGCUUGAUCGUGAAUCUUCCUUCCAUUUGGUACUUGUGACACACUUUUUGCUAAUGCCUUUCUCUGAGAAAUUGCCAGGAGAAGAGGGACAUCUUUUGGGUACCAUUGAUGUUCACGUCAGUCCGGAAGAAGGGACGGGACAAACAUUUAUUGGGCGUCUCCCCUGUGCUAAAGGCGCUGCCAGCCUGUGAGCUUUCAGGAGAGUCUGAACGAGGAGAGAGAGUAGAGCGGCAGUUUCUCAUCGUCGGCCUGCUGUGUUCUCU